AUGGCAUCAUCAUCAUCUUCUCCAUCGACUCCGACCCUUUCUUCUCAGUCAUGGAAGUACGAUGUUUUUCUUAGCUUUAGAGGAGAAGAUACUCGCAAUACUUUUGUGGGUCAUCUCUACUCAGCUCUUGAACAACAAGGUAUCUACACAUACAAAGACAACGAAACACAUCCCCGAGGAGAAUCAAUCCACCCAUCCCUUAUGAAGGCUAUUGAAGAAUCACAGAUAGCCAUCAUCGUAUUUUCAAAAAACUAUUGUGAUUCGUUGUGGUGUCUGGAUGAACUUGCACAUAUUAUGAAAUGCAGGGAUACGAGAAGCCAGAUUGUUAUGCCUAUAUUUUAUGAUGUGGAUCCCUCUGAAGUGCGAAAACAAAAAGGGAAAUACGGAGAAGCAUGA